AUGGUCUUGAAAAGUACACCAGAAAAUAUGGGCGAUUCUUACACACCAUUAAUUUCAGGUAAAAAUACAGCCUGUGAUGACGACGGCAAGAAAUUAGACAUAGUGAAAAAAAUUCAAGCGGUGCUGGCAGGUUGCCAAGUUAAAAUGUAUUUUUCUGUCGAGAUGCAUAAGGAAUUUUGGGUUCCCAAACAGAAAUCUCCUGGUUUUUUGGCAAAGCUAAGGCUGACGGUGAACUUUGCUGAAUACAAGUUUUUAAGCUAUUUAACUGGUCGAGAUCUUUAA